AUGAAUGCGAUUUUUCGCUUUUUCAGCAAGAGAUUUCGCCGAAGCCCCAGUGCUCCUGCACCCAGUCAUGUUGAAGAAUCUGUUUCUGUAAACAAAUCUAGGAAACUCAAGAAAUCAGACCUUGAAUGUAAGGUAGCCUAUCUUGAUGGUACCGAGCAAACCUUCUAUGUUUCGAAAAGUGCCAAAGGUUCAGAAUUAAUUGACAUAGCUUUUGCAUAUGUUGCCUUGAUCGAGGAAAAGGAUUAUUUUGGUUUGCAGUUUGUCAGCCAAGUUCCGGUAUGUCAAUUUGAACGUAAAUCGCAUAAUGUCACAGAUAUGGUUGGAUCCACGAAGGAAAUCAGGAAGCAGUAUAAAAGUGGACCAUCAUUCUUGUUCGCCUUGAAAGUGAAAUUCUUCGCUUCUGAUCCGCACAAUUUACAUGAUGAGUAUACACGUUAUCUUGUGGUGCUACAAUUACGAGAGGAAAUACACAAAGGAACCUUGGCGUGUGCUGACCUACAACUAGGCGCUGAAUUGGCUGCAUUACUUCUUCAAGCUGAAUUCGGGGAUUUCGACAAAAAACAGCACACACCAGUAUUCGUUUCGACUUUUCGAUUUUUGCCAGAAGUAAAACAAACAGAAGAAUUCGAACUAACCGUGUUGGAUAAGUAUAAAGCUUUAGCUGGUCGUAAUUUAACACCAGCCGCUGCAGAAUCAAUUUACUUGGAGAAAGUGAGCCUACUACCAGAUUAUGGAGUUGAAAUGCACUCUGUAAAGGGUAAAGACAAUCAGUUAUAUUCACUGGGACUUACACCGACUGGCAUUUUAGUCUAUGAAGGACAGAACAAAAUUGGUCUAUUCUUUUGGCCAAAAAUAUUGAAAUUAGAAAUGAAAAAGAAUAAAUUAAAACUUUUAGUCACUGAUGAAGAUGAAAAAAGUCAUCAAGUAACAGAGCAUGCAUUUUGUUUUGUCUUACCAAAUGAUAAAAUGUGUAAAAUCCUCUGGAAAAGUGCUGUAGAACAUCAUGCUUUCUUCCGGUUAACAGAUCGUGCACCCGUUGAACCGAAAAGGAAGCAAUUAUUCCGACUACGUUCACGUUUUCAUCCAUCAUUUAAUACCGAGUAUCAACUGCAUAAUUUGAAUAUGUUUGGAAGUAGUAGUUUCCGGAGAAGGAAAAAGACAAAUGCUCCCAGCGCACCAUCCUCACCGCUAAUGUCAAAUUCUCCAGCUGCAGCAGUCACAUCAUCUGGUCAGAUGUCACCUUCACCUGGUAAAUCUGGAAUACAAACAGUUAGUAGUACACCGAGUUUUCGUCGUGUACCAAGUAAACGAUUUAAUUCAAGGCCAAGUUUUUCUAAACGCGAUAACAUUGAAGAUAAACGUGAAAAACGUGAACGUUUAAUGCACUCGAGAGAACAGACUAGACAAGAAUUUUUCAAUGAAAGCUAUAGGUUACCGACAACAAAUAAGUCAACCAAGCCUUCAAUGAUUACAACAGAGAAUUCUAGUAUAUUUUUACGUCGUGAACGUGAAAAUCCAACACCACAAGAGUUAUCCUCACCGCUAAGAACAAAACCACCACCACCACUUCCAAUAUCUCAACAUAUCGUCUCAAAAACUACUCCACAUUCAAAUUCAUCGAAACAUUCAAAUGCACCUAGUAAACCGCCAAGAAAACCAGAAGUUCAAAACAAUAUCACUACUAAUAGUAAACAUGCAAUCUCAGCUGGAUCAAAACAAUGUUUUGAGUACACUGUGUGA